AUGGCCACAGGAGGAGAAGAAGUGACAGCACAAAGUAUAUUACGCAUUAUUGACAUAGUAGAUGAGCCGCUGGAAUUUCUUGCACCUAUCAGCGGUUAUGGAAAAAUGCCUCUUGUUUCGCUCGAACAAGCAGUCGAACCGCUUGUUCCUAUUCUACCAGCGGUUCAAGCUCAUGUAUAUGUAGCCAAACAAAGAUGUAAGAAACCUGCCGAUGAAUUGACACAAGAUGAAUCAGCCUCGAUUAUGCUUUACACGAUGGGAUGGAAACCAAUUGACGAGUGCCUCUAUGUGGUCUUGAAUAAUACAUUGCGAGCACCGGAUCGAGAACACAAACUCGAACCGUGGUAUCUUUAUUUGAGACUUUUUCUAAAUGCACUGUUUCGCCUGCCAUCGCUUCCCACAACGGCAUAUAGAGGUGUUAAAUUAGAUCUGAGCAAGCGAUACAACGAAGGAGAAACAAUCGUCUGGUGGGGUUUCUCAUCUUGCACAACAGCUAUUCGUGUUCUAAAAUCAAAUCUAUUUCUGGGAAAAACAGGCUCCAGAACAAUGUUUACCUUACAAUGUAAAUCAGCUAGAGACAUUCGUAAGCAUUCGUAUUUUCCAGCUGAAGACGAAGUACUUCUUAUGGCUGCAACUCAAUUCAAAGUACUCGGUUGCCUUGAUCAAGGUGAUCUUUACAUUAUUCAAUUGGAAGAAACUCAUCCACCAUUCCCACUUUUACAACCUGUACCAGUUGUUGUUCCACAACCGAUCAAUCCAACUCCGUCAAGUAAGUGA